AUGGCUCUGUCCCAGGUACAGUGCCUUGACGAUAACCAUGUGAACCCUCGGAUACACGAGUCCAAACCGGAGUUUUUCUACUGCGAAGACCAGCGGCUGGCGCUGGAGGCUCUGCUGCGGCAUGGUCGCGAAGCGUUUGUCAAGUACCUGCAGGACCGAGGCCUACGGGGCUUCCUGUCAGACCCGGAGCUGGAAAGUCUCGCCGGCGCGGUGGAGCCCUAUGACCCCGGCUUGGAGCUCUUCCCUGGGAAUGCGGAGGACGGCGAGCCCCCGCUGUCACUGCAUUACUGGCCCGAGCUGUCGGACACAUCCAUACCCCAGAUGGACCUGGGCUGGCCGGACAGCGAUGCUUACCGGGGGGUGACGCGCACCACCGUUUACACGCAGCCGCCGCUAGAUGGUCAGACGCACGUCAAAGAGAUUGUCAGAAAAAUGAUUGCGCAGGCGCAAAAGGUGAUAGCCGUGGUGAUGGAUGUCUUUACGGAUGUUGACAUCUUCAGAGAUCUGCUAGAUGCUGGUUUCAAGAGGAGGGUUUCUGUCUACAUCCUGCUGGAACGAACAACGCUACCUCAUUUCCUGUCCAUGUGUCAGAGGGCCAACAUGCACCCCGGACACCUCAAGAACCUUCGUGUUCGCUGCACAGAAGGAGCAGCAUUCUACACUCGGUCCUGCACCAAGGUCAGAGGGCAACUGGGACACAGAUUCAUGUUCAUCGAUGGGGACAAAGCUGUGUCAGGGUCGUACAGUUUCACCUGGAUGUCCUCGCGUCUGGACAGAAACCUCAUCACCGUGGUUACAGGCCAGGCAGUGGAUGCCUUCGACCGGCUAUUUCGCUUUCUUUAUGUAAACUCCAGCUCUGUUGACCUCCGGCAGGUCGCCACGGAGCCUGAACCUGAGCCGGAGCCCCUCCCACAGCCGGCCACUGUCGCACCUCCUUCUGCUGCUCUUGCUAGGAAACUGUACAACCCCAAAUAUGCCCUGGUUGCAGCAGUUAACCCCAGUCCAGCCCCAUCUUCUGGCCACAGCAGCCCGAAAGAGCCCCAAAAUUCAGCGAACCCAGAGGUCCCAGAAACCAAAAAGAAGAGACGGGGGAGAGGUAGUAAAGACACUAUUCAAGAGACUCCUCCCCUCCAUCCUGGACUUAUCAAUUUAGAGAAGGCGUGCUUGAUCUCAUAUCUGCCCACCUGGCCAGAGCCUGACCCCCCCAGUGACGUAAUUGGGUUCAUUAACAUUCGGGAUGCCAACAAACCAACUCAGGUCCAUCUUCAGCGAUCUGAGAUGUUUGAAACGAGUCAAGCCAUCAGGUUUAGAAGUCCAUUCAGCAUGCCUAAGGAAACCCUGCCAGAGGUUACCCAGCCCAGACAGCUUACUACUGCUAAACAUGAGGAGAUGAGUAAAGUCCAGCCAACACAAAAGAAAACAAAAGCUGAAAAGUUGGUGGUUGACCGGGUUCAGCCAACACAACUCAAUGCAGAGCCUGAUGAUACCAAAACUAAAGGAGAGGCACCCGAACAAAAAUCAUCUACCUCUGGGCAAAAGUUUGAACCUGACAAAGACACAACCAAGGCUCUUGACAUGGAAAAUAAACUGCAUUCAAACACACCCACCAACCAAGAUGCAAGCCACAACACUACACCUGCACACACACCCUCUCAGUCCAGCAGCAAGACAUCCACUCCUAACACUGGGAGGCCUUUAUACACCACACAAACUGUUACUACACACAGCUCUGAACCACAGUCCCUCCCAGGAUCAUACACUACAAAAGAAGCAGAGUCUAGUUUAAACACACAAAGUGCUGUUGUGGACAGGACGCACACCCUGGAGUUGAGUGCCCCCACUGACUCAAACUCAGACUCUGACCAACAUACACAAACAAAGACAGAGCUGCCACAGACAGAUUCACACACACAGGCUGUUCAAACACAGCAACACAACUCCUCUGAGAUGACUCCUAACAUCCAGACUCCCACCAUCCACAGCCACAUUUCCACCUCCGCUACUUCUGCCACGCGCCCUCAGUCUGCCAGUUCCACCUCUCUUUCUGAGAAAAACCACACUGCUCUUCCUACAGUGCACUCAAGGAUAGCUACCAAUGUUUGCACUUCUGCGCCCUCCACCAGCUGCUCCUCUUCCGUUCCUCCUAUCUCUUCUUCUACAGUUCUAAAUCCUCCCCUCCCUCCGUCCUCUGCUCCCUCUUCCUUGAUCUCAACUCCUCCCAUCCCUAAACCUCGUACUGUCCAGCUGGUUAUCAGAGACGACGGCACCAGCAGCUGCCUGAAGCUGCCAGAGAUCAGUGUUGUCAGGAGACCUGAAAGCCUGGCCAGCAUGGGGCCUCCAGUGGUCCACAGUAAGCCUGAUGUUGUAGCAAAUGUUGCACAGACACCGCCAGAAAAAGAGCCAGAGACUGUCCCACAGCUGCAAAACAACAGUGGAAGCAAAACAGAAGCUCAAAAAGACACUGAGAACACAGGAAAUCCCGAAGAAGCUCCUCAGCAAAAGCAGAAUGUGACAGUUGGACUUCAUGAUGACAGAGCAGCAACGCAAUCGGCCGCUGGAACCAAAACACAAGCCCAGUCAGAUGUUUUCAUUACUGAUGCACCAAAGGAAGAUAGUGUGAAUAUUCAAGAAAUAAAUCCAAAAGAAGUUGAGCCCAAGAGUUUGACAUCAACAGACUGUAAAAUAACCCCAAAGACAGAGACAGACUGUGUAGCCACAGUACAGACAGACACCAAGGCUGAAGAAGAAACACUUAUAGACAGUGAGUUUGCUCAAGUGUCAAAUGAAAAAAGAGAAAAUGUGAUAGAGAGCAAAGCAUACCUUGCAAAAGCACGUGAACCUCAGAGAAUAUCCUAUUGUGAAUUGAAUACAGCUGAUUUAGAUGUGUUAGAGACUGUAGACUCUUUAAAAGCUUCAACACACUCACACUCUGUUUCUGCCACAACAAACUCACACACAUCCAGAGACCGUGGUGAUGACAGUACCCAAAGUCAGCAAGGUAACACAAGUGUCAUAUCAGCACACCACACUGACAGUAAGCCGAGUACAGCAAAACAUAACGCACACAUCAGUGUCACCUCUCAACAAUCAACCAACCAACAGACGACCAAAGCAUGGGGAGGCUCACACGCUCCUGAAAGACCCCUGCGCUUACAUCUCUCGGACACACACACGCCAGACUUGCGCUCUCCGACUGCUGAGCGAGAAUCACGGGCCCUUGCUGCUCUGGCACGCACUCCAACUCCAGACGGAUUUCUUCCACGCACGCCCACCCCAGACUCAAGAAUGCACACUCCAGACUCACGGCCGUACACUCCAGACUUUCGUACGCCUACACCAGACAUUAGUGAUGGGUAUAUUUCACCGAGGGAGGACUCCACCACCUCGGAGGAGUAUUUUGAAUGUAGCGACUCUCCUUUCCAUGACCCUGUUUUUGACCGAGCACCUUUUCGCAACCACGGGGCGACAGUGGAUCACGAUAGCUUCACAAACACAAAUACCCCAAAUGCUACAACCAUUACCACCAUUGCCGCUAGUCCUGCAUACAUAAAUAAUACCACUCCUUCUAAUACGUUAGGCACUACAGACAAGAAUACCUCUAGCAGUGAAACACAGAGUUUGUCUGGGCCUGCAAGAGUCUCCACCUCAUCUUCUUUACUUGAGAAAUCAAAAAUGGGGGAGGAGAAGGAAGCCACAAAUGAAGAAAAUGGGGGAGAAGAGGAUCAAAAGGGGAGGAAGCCAAGUGUAGCAGAGAGAAAGACAGAGCGAGACUCCCAGGGGACAGAGAGAAGGGGAAGCGAUGUAGCUAAGAGAACAGCAGACCAUCUUAAACAGGCUAAAGAAUUGGCAGAGAUGGUAGAAAAAGACAAGGAGGCCCAAUCCCAAACGCCUAAAAGAAAACGGGCGCUAAACCAAUCAGCAGCAGAGAGACUGGUUGAUGGAGGAGCGACUCCAGGAGAGUCGACCAAUAAGGCAACAGAUGCAAAGCGCCUGUCCACUGGUGAUCUUAAGCCAGAGAAGGUUCCUUCUGGCAGAGAGAGACCAGACAAAGAGAAAGUAGUGGACAAGGUAACAUUAAGACCCAGCGCUGUGGACAGGAAAGACAGGCCCCCGUCAACCAGAGAGACUGAGGGACAGAAGGACAGCAGGGCGACCUCCCCUUCCCGACCAAAUAGACUCCCUCGACCCCUCUCAGCCACCCAGCUUUUGGGGGCUCGUCCCUGGGGAAACCGUCAACCGAACCACACAGAAAGCAAGGUGCUCCAUGGUAGUUUCCAGGUCUUGGAUAAUACUUCAUCUCUUCGGAGACCUCCAUCCAAGCCACCUCCUCCACUGUCAGCAGGUGGUGUCAGGUCUGCAGCUGGGCAGAAGCAGGUUGAGGUCUCCCACAGCCAGCAGAGUCUCCUUUCUCGACAGCCUCUAGCGGCACAGAGCAAGGCGAGACUCGGGCAGUCACAGAAUCAACAUCCUUACCCGAAACCCCAGGCCUCCUUUCUCCACACGCACUCAAACAUGCAGUCGCAGCUCCGUCCUCGUUCCCAGAGCCAGACGGCAUCAGUGCGGGAGGCAAACAGACAGGAAGAAGGAAGGGCUCCAUUUACCUUGACCUUUAGCAGGCUGUACAGCCUUAAAGACCUGAAGGAUAAGAUGAGCAAGCUGCCAGCGCAGAGCAAGAGAGGCAGCACCAGCCCUCCGGUACAAGGACGCAAGAGUACAAGCUAGUGUGGUCGUCUUCUGAAAAAAAAAAAAAACAAAAAAAAAACAGCAGGCCUGGCAUCAUUUAGUUACUGUAACACCUCAA